AUGCUUGCCUUGAUGUCACCUCGAGUCCAGUUGGGGUUAGCUGGCCGGGCAGCCAUCGCAGCGAUGGCCGUGGUGCUCCAGCAUCCGCCGAUGGCGAGAUGGACCUUUGCCCGAGAAGAUACUGAACCACUGCCAGGGCAAAUCCUGCAACCUCCGCUCCCAGAAGGUCCCCGAGUGCCUCUGGCCAUGAUUCAGCAGCCACAGAACGUGUCGUGCAUGCGUGUUCUCGCCGUUGCAGCAAUGGCACGUCGCAGAGUUCAGCCAUUGUUGAUCCUUUCUGGCUUGGUGAUUGCAGUGCUAUGCAGGCUACAGAAAUCGCUUGCGACCGUAUCGGCCGUGCCGAGCCCUUCGUGGCCCGUCAGGAGAAGAUGGUUUUUCAAUGCGGCAGCUUCCGCUGGAGUUGCGGAAAACCUGCCUGCCUACGCACAAGGCAUUGACCUGGGGUUCUUGGAUCCAAAAGCUCCCAAAGAUGUCGCUGUGGCACCCGGCGAUGCGGAAGUCACCUCGAGUGGCUUGAAGUCCAAGCUCCUGCUGCGGCCGACCUGUGCGCUCUCAAAGUCGAUUCCGCUCACGAACCCCAACUGUGAGCGUCCGCAGCCGUGGGACAAGGUUUUGAUCGACUACACGGGAUGGACGCCGGCUGGCAAGAUGAUCGACAGCAGCAGGAACGAGAAACGCUUGGUUCGCGUGAACUCCGUCAUGCCGGGAUGGACCGAAGGACUCCAAAUGAUGGCGCCUGGGGAAUCUCGCCGAUUCUGGAUUCCACCCGAGCUGGCCUUUGGCAAAAAUGAGUCUGCGACCAGUAAACCGACUGGCCCGUUGGUCUUCGAUGUUGAGCUGUAUUCCAUCGAGAGGCAGCCAAAGCCACCAGCAGAGCUGACUGCUGCGCCGCAGGAUGCAGUCUCCACCCCCAGCGGCCUCGCUUACAAGAAGCUCAAGCCAGGCACCGGAAGCAGGAGUCCAGGGCUCGAUUCGAACGUGACCGCCUUGUACAACGGCUGGUCCUCAAACGGCGACCUGGUGCUUUCGACGUCUUUUGGAGCCCAAGAUACCUUUUUUAUCAAGGAGGUUCCCGUUGAAGGCUUGAAGGAGGCCUUGCAACUCCUGGUCGAAGGCGAAACACGCCGUUUCUGGAUCCCAGGAAAGUUGGCUUUUGGUGAAAGGGCAGAGGAAAGUCGUGGCCUUCCUCCAGGGGUCCUUGUAUUCGAUGUGACGCCUCGGCAACCGGCUUCGCUUUCGCUCCCUGUGGCGAAGAGAGAAGUCAUACAAACACAGUCUCCGGAGGUUGCCCAGAAGGUGCUUUGGGAGAGACCUGCGAAGCCAGCUGGAUGGUCGGCCAUCUGGGAGGUUCUGCCGCCGCCACCACCACCGCCGCUGGACCAAGAUGGGGUGUGGAUUUGGGUGCCAGAGGGCGAGGAGAUUCCAGUCGGUGCCAUCGUCCCGCAUGACGCAUUCCUACCACAUGCAGAUCUGGAAGAUGAGGACAUGGAUCUAGACGACAUGGAGGCCCAGGGUUCAGCUCAGUUUGGGCUGGAUGAGCCGGAGCACAAGCUGGAUCAGACAACCAACGCAGGCUUUGCGAAUCCGUCCACCUUCCAGGCCUGGCAGCCAUUCGCAACAGAGGCUACAGACCACGACGCCCCAUCGACGGCUUGGCGUCCGUUCGAUUCACACAUGGACGUGCCUGAAGAUCUUCCGGUGGCAUUCAAUCUCCAAAGUGGCGACGUCCAGCGGUUGCCUGACCCGCAGAUAUCUGCCGGCGCUAUGGUGCAGAGCAGCCAGCCGGCCAGACAUGCCGACGAAUUGGGGAUGCUCUUAUUCUGA